AUGGAUUCUGCCAACUUAGACUUAAGGGUGUUUGAAAUCCCAGAAACUCUGGAUUGGAGAAGUCUACUGAGACCGCCAGGACCAGAUUACAUAAAAGUACUAGACGCAUCUGAAGCAGAGGAUCCCGAAGGAUGGACAGAGAAUGAAAUCAGUUCAGCCUUUCAAACCCUGGGAGAAAUAAAUUUUAAAAACGUAGGAGAAUGCCUAAAGAUACUCACUCCGGAAGUAUUUAUAUCAGUCUUUAACCUAAAUCGCAUUUACUCGAAUCUAGAGAAGGAUAAUCAGAUUCUUCUGUGCCAAUUCUUGUCAAACUUGUGCCUAAAAAUACAAGUGAUCCUUGAGGCAAUUCCACCAAAACCAUAUACAUCAGAUAAAGAAGCCUCAGAAAAUAUUACAUACACACAAUUUGUUAAUCAAUUAGCACAUUAUAACUCUCAAAAUAACCUGGAAUCGAUAAACACAACAGAUAAACCAAGUGGACCAGAAGUUGACUCGAAAUUCUCGGGGCUUGUUUUGAGAUCUCUGAUCAGCGUAAGCGUGUUCCUUUUAUGCAUGUGCUACAAGUUUGCAACCACAUUUGAGAGAAAUGAGGAAAAGUCAACGUUCGACAUUGUUAAAGAAAAGGGUAAAAGAGGAAGGAAGAGUAAAAAGGAAGAAAAGUCCUCAAAAGUUAAUACAUUGGCAAUAGAGACCCUAAUUAACUCUCUUAUGACAUGUUGUAAAUAUAACAUGAAAUACCCCUACGCAUCUUGUUACGGAGGCACAAAUAGAACAUCGGUGCCAAUGCUGAGAUUGUUAUUUGUAAACCUACUCCACACCUUAUCUCUGGAUGAAUCUAUCCAUUCAACCUCAAAGAACAUGGUCCAGUCGAUUGCAAAAAUAAUUCGAGUUAAUUUCUCAGCAAUGCAAAGCAAUAAAUCAGGCCACAGUUCAUAUAACACUAAUGUAAACCAAGACGAUAUUCAAGAAACAGGAAAAACAAUUGAAACCUAUGAAAAUGUAGAAACACCAAUGAGAGAAAAUGAAGAUCUGGUUGACAAAGAAGAGGGCUUGGAGAAAGAAGGUAAUGUUGAUACGAGCCGAACAAUAGAUACUGUUUUGGAAUCGUUUGACGAUGAAUGGUUGGGCUUGGUGUUGGAUGAGAUAAAGAAACCGCACUGUCAAGUUAUAGUGGAUGUAUUGGAACUGCUGAAGGAUAGUAAUAUCCCCAAUAUAAUAGUAAAUGAACUCUUUUAUAAUAUUAAGGAAAAUUAUUCAUCACAAAUAUCUAACACAAAUCAGCUAGUCAGCACUCUGGUUCAAAAUGAGUUCACAAACAUCGGGUUGUUCUUUGAAAAAAUGGCGAAAAAGGUGCCGUGUGUAGUUCUGUCAAAUAUCGGACAACUUAAACAGCUAUUUGACGUCCCAUGCUAUCCACUCAGAAAGUCAAUUAUGGAGGGAAUUAAACUACUCAUUAUACUCUCAAAGUACUAUGACUCAGGUAACGAAUCACCCAAUUUAAAUGAAGAUGAUGAGGAAAACCGAAUGGAACUAGAUAGCUAUGAUGCAUUAAAUCAUUCAAAUGAUGAAGAUAAGUAUAAGAUGAAGAUAAGUAAGUUGUGUUGGAGAAAUAGAGAAAUGUUGUUGGAUAUAAUAAUAUCAAGACAAUUUGACUGUUACAUGUACGCAAGAGCUUGUGUUUUGAAGGUUUUGUAUGAUAUUAUAGAAGAAGAUGCGCUGCCAGCAAGAAAAUAUAAUUUAGUGGCAGAUUUUGCAACAGAAAGGAUAAUGGACAGAGGGUCACAAGUUAGACAGAAAGCACUUUCACUGGUUUCCCUAAUUAUAGAAAUGCUUACCAACAAAAAAUUUAUGCUGAAACUAAACACCUCAAAUUUGGUUCAAGAACUUAAUGUCAUAGACAAUAACAUUAGUAAAGUUAACUUUGCGCUCUCAGAGUUAUCAGUUCGGAGAUACAGCCUGAGCAGCCAUUCUUCCAACAAUAGUAGAAGAAACUCUAUAGAAAAUGAUAGCGUCAGCAGGGAAAGGUCACGUAGAGGAAGUUUAAACUUUUCAGACGCUAAGGAAUACGAUUUUGAUCUUGUAAUACUAGAAUUGAAGACCAGCUUUGGAGGGGACGUGGUAGAUAAGUUGGAAGAAAUUCAGACUAAACUUGAAAUGGCAAGAGAACUUUAUUCUGACGCAAUUGAGAUAUCUGAAAGAGUUGAAGAAUCACUUGAGCUGUGUAAAUCAUUACUAAAAUCGCCAACUGAAACUGAUCAAAGAUCUGCAAUAAGGUUUAUAAGUUCUUCACACCUUCUAGGAGUACAAAAGGCGACACAGAUGCUUCCACUAGCCUGGGCACUUUCAUGGUCUAAUAACCCAAACGUAGUAGAGUCAGUUCUAACUGAGUUUAAAAAUGUAUACUUCCAAACGGAAGAUGACACACUAACAGAGUCAUGCAUGUUACUAAUUAAACUUAUAGGAAACACUGAUCUAACAUGUUUAUCAUCAGUUGAGAAGAUUUUUCAGAUUAAUCAAACUAAGCAGCGGAUUCUAGGCCUUAAUUUACUUGACCUUAUACCAACGCUGAUCAGUAUCGCAACUUCAACCUACUCUAACACAGCAAAUAGCAAAACCAAUCCUCAAGAUAAUCUGAUUUACCGCAAUAAAAAUCUUUUAAAAUGUAAAAUAUGUCUAAACUUAAUUAAAAUUAUUCUGGCCUCUAACCAGAAUAGUAAUAUUCAGGAUUCUUCAAAUAAAGAUUUAAACGUUAACUCACAAAAUGUCAGUAAAGAAAUAUAUGACUCACAAACAAGCUUUAAUAGUAUUGGAGAUCAAAUAGUUAACUUUGAAAUGGAUACAAAUUUUGAUUUGGGAGUGUUUGAGGAAAUUCUAAAAAAGUACGACCUGGAUAUAUUGCUCGAAGUCUCCCAAGUGCUAAUUUACUUUGAAAACAGUACCUCAGUCCAGGAUUUUAUUCAUCGCAUCCUAAGGUUAUUCUUAGGCCAUUUUGGAAACUUGAGCCUUUCUUGGUUUGAAACAGCUCAAAGUGUUAUUGACUUGACCUUUACCCAUAUAAAAAAUCCACUUUCUCUAUGGUCCAGUAUUAUUAACUAUUUAUUGUCAGUGUUGGUAAACCCGGAUGAAUCUGAUCAAUUAAAUGGUUCUGAUGGAUUAAAUGGAAAGAACAAGGGGUCAGGAUCUUCAGAUUCCACCAAAGAAGUAAGAAAACUGUCCCAAUUGAUAUUUAUAACAGGCCAUGUAGCGAUUAGGAGCAUAAUUUAUAUAGAAAGGUUACAAAAUGACUUAAAAGCAGCCAGAUCGAAUACUGAAAGUGAACAAUUGGAAAACAACAUGGGACUUGCAACAAAAGAUGAGAUGGAGCGAGAGUUCUUUGAUAACGUUCUUGAGAAUAAACUGGUGAACGAUAAUCUCCUCGGAGGAGCAAUACUGAAAAUCAUUAUUGAGGCGAUUAUUAACCCACAGCAGUUUAUUCACACAAACUCAAAUUUCCAUUCUUUCAAUUAUUUCGAUAAGCUGAGUAAAGUUAGUUUUAACCCCAACAAGAAUCAUAAAACUGUGAAUGUUGAAGGAGAUAACCAUAUUGUGAGUGUAGAUAAUUUGGAUAAGGCUGAAAUUGACAGUUGUUUGGAGUGCAACAUAUUGUUUAUGUGUAGUGUGAUAAGUCUGUGUAAGUUUGCAACCGUUUCAAAGAGCUUUUGUAACAUUAAGUUGCCAAACAAUAAAACAAUAAUCCAGACAAUUAUAUCAUUAUUGCUCCUGGAAAUUGAUACGACACAAACAAACGGGAAUGAACAAGUAACAUCUGGCACUGAAUUGGCGAAAAAUGAUUUAAAUUCACUCAAGUGUAACCUGUUAAUAUGUUACGGUGACUUGUUGGUAAGACAUCCUAACAUAAUGGAGCCGAUGAACGAUUUAGUGUUCAAGUUGUUAUCGCACCCAGUGAAUAUGGUGAGGGAGACUGCAAUACUGGUGUUUUCUCACCUGGUAAUGAAUGACAUGAUAAAGCCAAAGGGAAAGCUGCUGGACAAUGUAAUGUUCUUAACUCAGGACAGUGACGAUAAAAUAUCAAACUACGCUAGAGUGUUUCUGAACGAAAUACACAGAAAGAACCCAAACACGAUAUACAACUGCUUCCCUGAAAUGUUAACAACUCUCUCCCAACCCUCUGUCACUUAUUAUAAUAUCAUAGACUCCUACGGAACUGAAGUUUAUGGAACUGAUGACACAAUUGACCACAACAACAGCUUACACGGAAUUCAGGUGAACCUCAAAAUUUUGAAUGAAGUAUUUAACUUCGUAAAAAACGACAAGCAGGAGCAUUUGGUUGAGAAGAUUUGCAUGAGGCUUAGUAAGGCGAAGUCAAUAUUCUCCACAACCUUGUACAUCAACGCACUACUCCUGAUUAAUUAUGAUGAAAAGAAUAUAAUGAAGCUUUCAAAAUCAUUGAACUUCAUGAGGCAAUUACUCUCUGAAUCUCAGCCCUUGUUGGCUGCUCUUUCAAUAAUUCACAAGAGGAUAAAAUCGAGCAAGGUUCAAAAAAUCCAGGGCCAAAUAGACAUCAAGGAGAUUGCAGAUGAGAUGAUAAAUAAGGUGAAGUCGAUUCUUGGUCAGGGGAAGGCGACCAUGCUCAUCAGAGCCUCAAAGUACGCUGAGCAGAUCAUCGAACUGCUUAACAACGGGAAUUACACUCAGACCACUUUAAAUACACUCUUUGACUCAGAAAACCAGGCCAACCGUGCUAAUCAGAAAAAAGUUAAAAAAGAAGCUGGCACUGAACCAUCUGACGAGGACACUUCAAGUAAUUCUGCAGACUUUGAGGACAUUUUCUUUGAUGACGAAGCACCAAAUAUAGGGAAACAAGGCUCAUCUGAUUCCAUGGAUACUGUUAAAUCUUCGAGCGUCAACGGAGAUGAAAAAGAAGUUAUCGUUAAAACCAAGAAAAAAAGAGGAAGGAAACCCAAAGCUAGGAAGAUUAUUGAUGAGGAUGAAGACGAUGAGGAUCUGGAGGAUAGAAUUAGUGAGUUGGAUGAAGACGGGAUAUCCUUAAAUUCUCAUGAGAAUAUCCCGAGGAGACGCAGUACGAGAACUAGAGCUGCCAAAAUCAAGAAUAUGGAUAUGUUUGAAGAAUUUUAUGAGAUGGACGGAAUUGAGGACCCAGAGGAUGAAAUUUAA